GCGCCGUGACAGAAGUGAAAACAGACAUCUACGUGACCAGCUUUGGGCCCGUGUCCGACGUGGAGAUGGAAUACACAAUGGAUGUCUUCUUUCGGCAGACGUGGACUGAUGAGAGGUUGAAGUUUAGUGGGCCAACUGAAAUUUUGAGGUUGAACAAUUUAAUGGUCAGUAAAAUUUGGACACCAGACACAUUUUUUAGAAAUGGAAAAAAAUCAAUUGCUCAUAAUAUGACAACUCCUAACAAACUUUUCAGAAUUAUGCAGAAUGGAACUAUUCUUUACACAAUGAGACUAACCAUUAAUGCUGAUUGUCCUAUGCGGUUGGUGAACUUCCCUAUGGAUGGACAUGCUUGUCCACUGAAGUUUGGAAGCUAUGCUUAUCCAAAAAGUGAAAUAAUCUAUACAUGGAAAAAAGGACCCCUGCAUUCAGUAGAAGUACCACAGGAGUCUUCCAGUCUCCUCCAGUACGACCUCAUAGGACAAACUGUAUCUAGUGAAACAAUCAAAUCUAACACAGGUGAAUAUGUAAUCAUGACAGUUUAUUUCCACUUGCAAAGGAAGAUGGGCUACUUCAUGAUACAGAUAUAUACUCCAUGCAUUAUGACAGUCAUUCUUUCUCAGGUGUCUUUCUGGAUUAAUAAGGAGUCUGUUCCAGCCAGGACCGUUUUUGGAAUCACUACAGUGCUCACAAUGACCACUUUAAGCAUCAGCGCACGCCACUCUUUGCCCAAGGUGUCCUACGCUACCGCCAUGGAUUGGUUCAUAGCUGUGUGCUUUGCCUUUGUCUUCUCUGCACUGAUUGAGUUUGCAGCUGUCAACUACUUCACCAAUCUCCAGACUCAGAGAGCGAUGAGGAAGGCAGCCAGGGCAGCAGCACUGGCAGCAGCACUAUCAGCAGCAACUGUACCGGCAGAGGACGAGAUUGUCUCGCAUACAGAUGUAGAAGAGCAGUUAAACCCCAUAACAUUGAAGUCCUGA